UUCCAGAUCUUCAACGUCACAUGUUGCGUUGCUCAAGGCAUUCAAAACAAUCGCCACUGGAGGUAUUCGAAGGGCCCUUCACACAAAUGCUGUGCCACUAGCUUUGUCUUUUGGAUAUAUGAUCUAAGUGAAAACUUCUACCAACUGUUGGAUAUAUUUCGGAGGAGAAAGGUCCCCGCGGAAUUAUGAGUUUUUCGUUUUCCGGGUGUGGAUUUCUUGGUAUUUACCACAUUGGUGUAGCAAGCUGUCUGAGAGAACACGCGCCACAUUUUCUCCAUGAAGGGAAGCUGUUAGGAGCUAGUGCGGGGGCCAUCACUGCUUGUUGUUUUCUUUGUGAUGCAUGUUUAGGUGAAUGUACAAGUUUUACUCUCCGACUAGCAACCAAGGCUAGAUCACGCUCAUUAGGACCACUGCACCCCAGCUUUGCCAUUGACAGAAUUCUCCGGGACGCAUUGUGGGAAGUUCUGCCAGACAAUGCCCAUGAGAUUGUGUCAGGUCGUCUUUUCGUCUCCCUCACAAGAGUUUCGGACAAGAAGUGUGUGAUUGUAUCAGACUUUGACUCAAAAGCAGAGCUUAUCCAGGCUUUGUUAUGCAGUGCUUUUGUGCCAUUCUAUAGUGGCUUAAUACCUCCCAAGUUCCGAGGAGUGCGCUAUGUUGAUGGAGGACUUAGUGACAAUCUGCCCAUUCUGGAUGAAGACACAAUCACUGUGUCACCGUUCUCAGGCGAGAGUGACAUCUGCCCCAGCGAUGGCUCGUCUAACUUUCUCCACAUCACCCUCGUCAAUACCAGCAUGCAGUGCACCACAGAGAACCUGUAUCGCCUCUCCCACGCCUUGUUUCCCCCGCACCCUGAAGUGCUCAGUGAUAUGUGUAGGCAGGGCUUUGAUGACACACUCGUCUUCCUUCAGACUAACAAUCUGAUAUCAUGCACACGUCACCUUAGCGUGCGGUCAUGUAUCUCAACAACAGACGCGGAGGAGGACUCAGAGACGGAAGAGAGCGAGGAGGAUGAAGAAGACUUUGAAUGCGACGGUGAAGACAAUGACUGCGAAGAGUGUAAGAAGAAACUGCAUGGGGCCCUGGUUGAUUCGCUGCCACCAACCGUAAUGCUGGCAUUCCAGCAUGCAUGUGACUCUGUGAACAAGGGGCUUGUGAACUACUUCUAUAACUCCAGGCCGGUCAAACUCCUCUCCCUAGCCGCCACCCCCUGGGUGCUGCCUGCAGAGAUGGCGGUCCGAACUGUGGUCAAGUUCCUGCAGUGGUUGCCGUCGAUGCCGCAGGAUGUGCAGAGUGUUGUGGGCGACACUGUGGAGCUGCUCAAGAUCAUUGCUAUUAAGAUGUUCCACCAUCACCCACGCUAUUCCGCUAGGUUUACUUGUCAGCUGGCCAUCACAGAAGUAAAAGAUCAGAAGCAGACUCCACGGCGCCGUCGUUUGUCAACUCGGAGAAGCCACUCCUUCACCCCUGGCACUCGCAACACCGCCAACCGACGCAAGAAAUACCCUGAGAGUGCAACCAACAAUAGUGCCAUCGUACGCAACUUCAACAUUGGCUUUGCUGUUGACUUCAACACUUCCAAGCCGAGCACCGUUCGGUCACUGGAACACCUUCAUGGACACAUGGACAGGCUUCAAAUGGAGGAUGUACAAAUACAGCAGUCCAGCCCCACGGGCGAUCUUCUAUACCUACCUCGGGGUAGCGACCAUUGCUCUGCAACCAACGCACCCUGUCAGGAAAUAUUUGACACAUUUGAGCAGUGUCUACAUAUUACAAACCAGAUGGAGUCAGCACUCUCAUAUUAUUAUGAAGAUCCCAGCAGCAAAGGGUGCUAUAAGUUUGAAGAGAUUUUCAGUUUGAAAAACGUUGACGUUGAUCUCCAUGAAUCACGUUCGAUAAGGACUGGCGUCUAUGAGUCAAGUACAGAAGUGGAAGAAAGUUUGACAAAUACUUCUACGUCUGAACCUGAUUUGUCGUGGGAUAGCUAUCUUGAAAUGAAGCCAGAAAUUGAAGAUGAAUUGGAGGCGUUGAUUGACUCGGCAUUAUCAAUUCCACAGUUACAGUCUACGGUGAUAGAGAGCUCGCCAAAAGAAGCUUGAGGAUUAGUGGUAAAAAACAUCAAGUGCUAUGUCACAGUGUGUCCAGUAGGUACUCCUAUGCAUGGAGUCUUGUCACAUUGUGAAACUUGUUAAGGAUGAUGGAGUAACAUGUUUUGUUGCAAACCUGAUGUCUACCAGUCAUUAACAUUUUGUUUUAUCAUGGAACUGUCAUAUCCUUUCAAUUAAUCAAACUCAUCGUUAUUCACUACCAUGAUGUUUUCAAACUUGCCUGGCAGUUAUUUCUGAAAUUUUAUAAAAACAAAUGUUGUUUGACAUUAUAUUCCUCUCUUAAACAGUCUUAUUCUGUGUUAAAAUAUAUUCUGUUUUUAGUGCAACCUGUUAAAUUUCAAUCUUGUUUUUUGUUGGCAGUCAAAUUAUUUACUUUGUUAACCUUUCUUUUAAUUUGGUUUAAGGCAAAGAUGUCUGUAAGAAUCUUGAUUUUGUUUUAGGACCCCUAAGGGAAAGAAGGUUUUGAAAACCAUUCCACAUUUUAUUUGGCAGUUGUUAAAUAAUUUUAGUUGUUUUAUGAAUAAUUUUAUCAAAAUCCAUUGAAUUAUAUCUUUAUUUAGUCAGUGCCUAUAUAUGUCUUUAAAUUAAAGCAAUGGAUGACAGAAUGCAAGGCAUAUCAGACACCUUCAUGAAUAUUUUUUAGAGUCAGUUUCAGAUUGAACCUUUUUAUGACAUUUUACAGAAAUCUGUUAUUUGCUAAAUGUUGGAUAGUUGACCAGAUAUUAUUGGCUUUAGUUUGAAAGAAAAUGUUUGAGGGGACAUUAGAUAUUUCUGGAUGAUUUUUGAAUGUGUUAUCUGUAAACUUGAUCUUUUAGUUGUAACGAAGUCUAUAAGGCAUAUUCAUACGUCACUUCAUGUUACAUCUCAUCAAUACUAUUGUAUAUACAAUGUGUACAUAGAGAAACAUAUGUAUACCUAACCAUAUGUGUAUAUAUUCAUUUGUAUACAUGUCUUCCUGAUGCAAAACCGGUAAUUACAGGGCAUUGUAGACAAAAGCACUGAAUAUUUGGGGUUAUUCUUUCUGUGAAUGGAACCUAGCAUGAAAUGCUCAAAUCUUGCUCCUUGAUUAUCAAGGGUAUAGUAUCACUAUUGUAUUUUGAUGAAUACCUGGAACCCAGGCGCCACCAAAGCUUCAUUUCAGGAGUAAUGUCUUCAUCUCCAUCUUGUCAUCAACAUUUCCUUCCUCAGGAAAUUGAAUUCAACAACCAAUCAAAAUUUGGUCUAAUUUCAAAAUUGCAGUCCCAUUCGAGCAAGCCCUUGAUGCAAUGGAUCAGACGUAUAAAUUAUCUUGCCAACCUGGACGAGGCGAAGGUUUGCUGGAAAAUGUGUCCAGUGUAUGUGGUCAUAACAGAAUGGAGAUGUGAUGCACAGGAACAUCGAGUAUCCAGUUAUGUCUCUCAUCUUAUAAUCAUGAAGCAAUUCAUGUGGCAGGUUCUAUUUACUGAAAGAACCUGUAUAUGCAAGCUGCUGUCCAAAUAUUAUUUUUCCUAUGCAAAUAAUGAUGGCUUUGUACAUACCAAAAUGCUAUUAAUUGCAUUAUUAUUGUAAUUUAUCAUAGCAUCUUUUGUAUAUUUUUCAUAAGCCUGAAGGCUUAUUCUCAUGUCUUGUUUUCAAGAACAUAAUUUGAAAUGGCCAUUAUACAUCAAAGUAAUACUGUAUGUCGUGAGUUGAAACAAAUAUCAAAUGGGUGACUGUUUUAAAUGGUUUUAUACAGUUUUGUUAGAGCAGACACUAGAACAAACAAUGAUCCCAAUAAUGUGUGAUACAUGUUAAGAGGAGAGGUGAAAUGGGGUUUUAAUGCACAUAAUGUUGCGCAUGCAAUUGGUGUGUUUGGGCUGCUUGUUGUCUAGUCUAAUGCUGGUUUAAUGUACUUGCCCAUUGAGAACCCAUGCCACAGUUUGGACAUAGAUACCUUCCUCCAACACAGUCUACUGACUCGGAGCUGGCCAGUACUUGUUUACCCUUUUGAUGCCAAGCACAAGUCACGGUAACAAAGAUACCAGCUUUUAGCAUCUUUUGUAAUGACAUGGGGAUCAAAUCGCCAGCCGUCCACUCAUUUGGACAGAGACACUAUCCUGGAGACCACUGAGUUGGUUGAUUCAUGUCCUGAAAUAAUGCACUGUGAUGAAGAUCAGGCUUCAGAUAACAGGAUUCAAAUGGUGUUUUGCUCUGAUGCUGAGAGAAUAUGUAUCCAGGUUACGGUAUGAUUAUGUCAUCACUUAGUGAGUGAAAUGCGAGUCAAGAGUAAUGGCAUUAUAUGAUGUUGGUGUCUAUUUAUUGAAUUGUACUGUAGAAUACAUCUGCAAGAAUUCUCAAACCUGAACUAUUAGUCACAAAUAUCAAUACCAAAGAACACCAAAUAUUAAAUUUGUCUCUUGGAAACUAGUACCAAAAAAUGGAAAAAGGGUUUUGACCUGAGUAACACACUGUCAUUUAAACAUAAUAGUGGCAUGCCCCUACGAAAACACCAUUUGGACACCAGUUGUUUUUAUUUUUUAUAUUUGUGUGUUUGUCUCUUUAUUUUCUAUACAGUCUGCCAGUUUGAACAAAUGUCAUAGUAAGUGAUUAUUUCAUUGAAUCCUUCAAAUAUAUAUAUGACCAAUAUAUUGGUCUAUAUUGAAAUAUUUUCUACUAAUUCAGUGUAAGACCAGUAAAUCUGAUUUAAUGACCUGGUGACAGUUCACCAUCUUCCUUUUCUCAAUCCGCUUGAGUAUUAAAACUGAAACUAUACUUUCAUCAUCUCACUAUAGGUGUCUUAAAAUAUUUUCUCAUAAUAACUCUCUGAAAACAUAUUUGACUCUGAUUGUUAUCCCUAUUAGUUUAACAUCGUACCUGAGGUGGGAUUCACCAACUUGGUAAAGGUUUAAGACUUGCAUGACUUUCCUCCAUGUUGAGCUGACAAGAGUAUGUGAUUGUUUGAUUAAUACCAGUUCAUAUCCUCAUUCAUUUCUGGUUUGAUUCCUACUUUUCACAAAGCUAGUAUGAGCUUUUCUGUAACUUCGGAGGCAAUGUACAGUGGUGAUAUGUACAUACAUGAAAAAAAAUCAGUUGUACAAUUUGUCCUUUUGUUUAUAUGUAUAUGUAUAGCUGUAUUUAUUGAUAUUGUUCAUAUACCUUGAUGUAAAUUCUUGUACAUACGUCAUCAAGCGUGACACAAUAAACAACAGUUUAAAUCA